AAAGCUAUACCCGGAUAAAACAGACGAACGACAUUCCGCUUUUCACAAGAAAAAGAUGAUUUGAUUCAGUGUUUGCGAUGUUUUUUUGUUCCAAAUUUUCAUUCUGUUGUGAUCGCUUCGUUCUUCACACCUGGAUGAACGUCAGUCGCUGCUGAAACAAAAGAAAAUCCACCUGGCCGUUUAUUAUUGCUGGAUUUUCUCCAUCAAUAUCGGUUUGCGGGACUGCGGUUUGGAUGAAUCAAACUUGGAACCGUAAAACGAAAUCCGGUCGGCAGUUUUGCGCUAAACAAAGUAUUAAUUAUUCUUUUGAGGGUGUUCGGAACAUUUUCAACGGGAAAUGUUCAACCGGUUUAGUAUUGUUUAGUUUUUCGAGGUUUUAAAACUGAAGUUGUAUUACAAGACUGACGCCGGAAGUGUUCAUCGAUUUGGUUCAUAGCACAAAGUAAGGUGUUGACAACUAAUCAGGAUGUCCGAACAGCAUGGCUGUGCCCAUUUCGCCAGUUUCGUGAAGGAAUACGGCUUGGAGUCGUUCAGUGUGGUCCAUGCGUGCUUCAGCGUUUGCAUCAACAAGGAAGCCAGACGGCGGAAGGCCUUAUCCUGUCUGUGCUAUAAAUGUGGCGGAUCCGGUCCGCAGCUCUAUUCCUGCCUACAUUGCAUUUAUUUUGGCUGCAAGGGUGCUCACAUUGGUGAUCACUGCAAGCAAAACAAGCACUACAUAGUUUUAGAACUGUGCUAUGGUAUGUUGUACUGCUAUCAGUGCAAGGACUUCAUUUACGACAGCGAAUGUCAAGCUAUUGCCGAAAGACAUUUGAGGAAGGAGGCCAGAACCAUGAACAAAAGUCUAUCGUGGCGUCCGUGGUCCCCGACCAGGCUCGAAAUAGAGCUGCUGCUGAAGAAUCCGAAACGGCGUCACGUAAGUUCCUUCACCAGCAUCGGUCUACGAGGGCUGUUGAAUCUCGGAUCAACGUGUUUCAUGAACUGCAUUGUUCAGGCACUGAUACACACUCCCUUGUUACGAGAUUAUUUUCUCUCGGAAAGGCACGAGUGUACUGCGAAAACCGCUGCCAAGUGUUUGGUGUGCGAAGUUUCUCGACUUUUUCAGGAAUUCUAUUCCGGCGAAAGAGGGCCACUCUCGCUGCACCGUUUGUUACAUCUGAUCUGGAACCACGCCCGUCAUCUGGCCGGCUACGAGCAACAGGAUGCGCAUGAGUUCUUCAUUGCUACGCUAGACGUGUUGCAUCGUCACUGCAAGAUUUCGAUGAACGAAAUGGCCGCGGCAGCUGCAGCAGCAGCGGAAAAAUCCAAACAACAGCAACUGCCUCCACCGCCUCCGGACAAUAAUCCGACCCAGUGCAACUGCAUCAUCGAUCAAAUCUUUACCGGCGGGUUGCAGUCGGAUGUUGUGUGCCAAGCGUGCAAUGGCGUGUCCACCACAAUCGAUCCGUUCUGGGAUAUCUCCCUGGAUUUGGGUGAGGCUCAGAACCAGGGCUACGGAGGGCCACCGAAAUCGUUGAUCGACUGUCUGGAGCGAUUCACGCGAGCCGAGCAUCUGGGUUCCAGUGCUAAAAUUAAGUGUUCCAGCUGCAAAAGCUACCAGGAAUCGACCAAACAGCUGUCGAUGCGCACACUUCCAAUCGUUGCCAGCUUCCAUUUGAAACGUUUCGAGCAUUCUAGUCUGAUUGACAAAAAGAUCUCCACUUUUAUCUCAUUCCCGGCGGAGCUAGAUAUGGCUCCAUUUAUGUCCAAGAAAAAGUCUGAACAAUCAACCUCAGGGUCCACCUCGUCGUCGUCCUCAUCAAAAUCGUCGAAAUCGGUGGAUCGGAAGCACGGCAGCGCUACCACUUCCAACCAGACCGGUGAGAAUGACCCGGCUAAACACCACGACACCAGUGACUUUCGAUACUCGCUGUACGCCGUGAUCAACCACGUGGGAACUCUGGAUGCCGGCCACUAUACGGCCUACGUUCGACACCAGAAGGACACCUGGGUCAAGUGCGACGAUCACAUCAUAACGACUGCCACACUAAAGCAGGUGCUGGAUAGCGAGGGCUAUCUCCUGUUUUAUCAUAAGAAGGUUCUAGAGUACGAAUAAAACCGCGCCCGUCAACAAAUCGAAUUGAAAAUUCUGCAGAACCGCGGAGAAGCUGCCGUUUGACCUCGUCAUGUGUAAGUGAUUUGUGUAUUUUGCAGUUAUCCUACAUUAAUACAUCCUUUAUCAUGUUUAAA